CAGCUCAUAAUCAAAUUGCCAAUACAUGGGUGAAUUCCAUGGUAGGAAUAACAAGGAAAAGGAUGGGAAGCAAAACAGCCAAUAUCAUAAUUCCUUGAUACAAACCUAUGGUGCAACCACAUUUGAUAGACUCUGUCCAGGUCUGGUCACAGCACCUUAAAAAUGAUAUUGUACAGCUGGGAAAAGGGCAGAAAAAGGGCAACGCCCUUUUUAUUUUUAAAUCACACAACCAGAUUCAGGUCUUGGGACACUUAGAGUACACACUUGCCAAGAUCUGUUUAGGUUUUUGUCUAGGAUUGGCAUGGGUGUUCUGAUUCCUUCUAUUCAGGCAAUGUUCCCGGGUUGCUAACAUAGGAGCCAACUCCUAGGGGCCAAGGUCCCUUCGCAUGUGCCCCCAUAAAAUAUUUGAGGGGGCUGGACCUUCCCAAAGUUGAUGGGCAACACCAUUAAAAUGGUGUGUGCAGGCACAUUAUGUGAUCAAUUUUCAGGACGACGCUUAUUUGGGCUCCCGAAAUACUUUAUCCAAGCAGGGUCCCCCCUCCCGUGCUUUUCCCUGGAAAACCUGCACUUUACCUUUGAAUUAGAGCAAUCGGCAAUUGCUGUUUGCUCCGAUUCAGCAGUAAAGUGCAGGUUUUCCUGGACAAAGCCCCAGGACCAAACAACAACAUGGCGUUUUUAAAGCCAAGACCUGUGCCAAAGGAAAUCUGGAUGAGCCCAAACCAAAGUGUCCCCGUGCAAGGAACAGUGCCCCUCUAAUCGCUACAUGAACGAACCAGAAAGAUGUGCAUCCUCUGGCCAGAUCCAAAACAUACAUUUCCGUAAUAUACUCAAGCAAAUCCACAAAGGGCCCAGGACUACAGUUCUGUUCCUGUGCACUGCAUCACUAUAAGACACUGGAAACUGACACCAGAUUGUCAUAAACGACCCAAAUGUUGCAGAAGUGUCCCUGACCCUGUGUUUUUCAAACGUUCUAAAGCAAAAUAUUCACCCCAUUAAGCAACUAUGUUAAACUCAAUACAAAUUGCUUUGGUCAGAAUACUGGAUAAAAUCCUGAUACAAAGUCAGACUGACUCAGUGUGCUUUGGCCUCCUACACCAAUACUUUCAAUACUCUUGUACACAACACUCCCACAAAUCCCUGGACUUAGGAUAUUUGCAAUAUCAAUAUGAAGGCCAUCCCUCUUCUCCACCCUGGGAUGUUCAGCUGCUUUGAAUGUUGCAACACUAAGAAUAUAAAAGCACUCGUUGACCUUCCUCAAGGCUGCAAAUCUCCACGUUUGCUUUGCUUUCAUCUGGCACCAUCAUGGAGCUGUUCGAGUGGACCCUGUUUUUACUCAUCGUCUUGCUAAUUGGGGUCCUUUUCUUUUCCCAAAUGAGUGCCACCUGGGAUGUCUACUGCAAGAUGGUGCUUUUCUAUGGCUGGAUUGUAGUGAUGAUCAUCCUAGUGCCCCCUUGGGUAGCUCUAAUCAGGGGGUCUAGAGUGGAAAACUUGAAGAUUCUUUGCUUCAUGUUGCGGCAAAUCAGAUAUUUACUUGGCGUCAAGAUCACAGUUCAAGGCUCCGAGAAUCUGAAUACCAAAGGGCCGUAUAUGGUUGUUGCCAACCAUCAGUCCAUUCUCGAUAUUCUGGGAAUAGCGGAGGUACUUCCCGACCACUGUAUGAUUCUUUCCAAAAAGGAGUUGAAGUACAUGGGCCUGAUGGGCAUCGUCUGCUGGCUAUGCAAAUUCAUUCUUCUCGACCGCAAUAAUAAGCGCUCAGCCAGAGAAACCAUGGAUCACAUGACAAGGACCGUGCUGCAGCAGAACCUGAGGGUCUGGGUUUACCCAGAAGGCACCAGGAACCGGAUGGCCACACUACGUCCCUUCAAACGAGGAGUUUUCGCUGUGGCUGUGAAGGCUCAGAUCCCCAUAAUCCCUGUUGUGACCUCCUAUUAUCAACAACCCCUCAACCUCAAAGAUGGCCAGAGGCCCUUUUUUUGUAGAGAUAAGUGGAUCAUCCAGAUUUUGCCCAAGAUAGAAACACGAGGCCUUGGGCCAGAAGAUGUCCCUGCACUUGCUGACAGCACACAGAAACUGAUGCUGGAUACUUUCAAUGAGAUCAAUGAGCACGUAGUUUUAGAGAAAAGUAGCAGAGAGUGAGGGCCUCUUUAUCAUGGAAGCCUGGGAGGACCCACCAACCAGGAAGCUAGACAAGAACUUUGCUUCAGUCCAAAGAAGAGGACAGAAGAAACACCUCACUCCACC